AUGGCGCGGAUAGCAGCAAGCGCUGCCAUAGUCUUGGCAUCUACACAGCUUGUAUCGGCACAGUACUAUUGCGGCGGCUACAGCUACUACAACAGCGGAUGCUACGGCAAUGGCCUGUCUUCGGGUGCACGAAUCGGUAUUGGAGUGGGAAUCGCAGUCGGAGCUUUGGUCUUGAUCGCUGUGCUGUCCAUGGUCUGUCGGAGACGAAGAUCGAGGAAGUUUGCGUCAGCUACAGCGCCAGUGCCAGCUGGCGGUUAUCACGGCGCCCCGACGACGGGCUACACGCAAGACUAUAACGGCAACUCGACUUCAGCGACUGCACAGCCUGCCUACGGAGGCUCCGCGCCGUAUCAAAACUACGGCUAUGAUGCAAGUGGCUACAACAGCAAUGGCAAUGGCAAUGGCAAUGGCAAUGCGCCAGCCUAUCAGCCCCCAUCUGGACCACCGCCCCAGACAUCGCAGUACUAUGCUCCACCAGUGGGCCCGCCUCCCAAGGCCUAA